GCACGUUAACACGAACGAACGUGUGCGCAGAUCGGUAGAGCGAUAGAGCUAUAGAGAGUGUAUGAGCUAUAGAGAGAAAUCAGAGCCGAGUGUACGCGUACAUAUAAAGUGCAGUAGAGCUAUACUAAGUAUAGCUUCUAUUUCGAUCUGUCUUGUGUCUUUAGUCAGCAUCAAUAUCAACCGAAAAUGGAAAGCUUCUGGCAAGAGUUGAAAUCAUUACUAAAGACCUUACUCUGCUUUGUGGUGGCUGUGAUGCUAAUGCCUUUGCUGCUCUUAUCGUUCCUAUGCGCACACUUUGGCAACGAGCUGGCCAACUACAUACUGAGCAUCAAGUAUCCCAAUCUGACCAUCUCCAAGUCGAAGAAGAUUCGCACAUUGAUCGACACUCAGAAGAAUGCCGGCAUCUUUCACUUUCUGCUGCAGGUGGAGGGCGCCUGCGACUUUGAGCUGAUCAAGCGAUCGUAUGCCCAGCACCUGACGGAUCUGCGCGACAAGACGGGCAUGCUAAGGUUUCCCAAGCUGCGACAGAAGCUGGUCAACUGUUGGGGUCACUAUGCCUGGGUGAAUGAUAGCAGUGGCUUCAACAUCAGCAACCACGUGCUACUCAGCAACCACAAGUACCGCGGUCGAACUGUCAACGAGUCGAAUAUCCAGGACUAUGUGAGCGAGCUGGCCACCAAGUACAUACCCUCGGACCUGCCCCAAUGGCAGGUGAUUGUGAUACCCAGCUCGGACAGCGCCCAGCCCUACUACAUUCUGAUCAAGCUGCACCACCUAAUCAUCGCCGAGGAGGAGGAUCUGCAUGUGGGCGAGAUGCUGCUGCUGCACGACACCGAAAAGAGCACCGUGAUGACCCUCACCGAUGGCGGUCUCGGCCAGAGUCCAACCCAGCAGCUGUCCCACUUUGUGCGCCAGCCGGAGCACAUCAGUCGACUGGUGCAUCAUGUCAUGCACUUGGUCAUCUGUCGCUGGCAGCAGUUUAUCUACGAGUUCGAGUCCCUGGAGACGCCCGAUGGCGCCUCAUCCAGCAUCCAGGUGCGGUCGCUCAGUCAGCUGUUGUCUCUGAUCCUUAUUGUGCUGGUGAAUGUGGUGCUGGGGUACUGGCGCAGUCGCUCCAAGCUGCUCAAGCUGAAACGUCGUUCCAGUGGCCAUAGGAAUGAUGUGGGGCGCCUAAUGACGAUUCGAUUGCUGCUCAAACGCGAGCUGGAGCAGCGCAAUCUCAGCUGGAUGGUGGCCAGAAUGGCCCUGUACAAUAGUCUGCAGCCGACGAAUCUGGCCAAGGUCUGGACCCGCUUCAUGUGGCGGCUCAAUCUCAAUCAUGUGCUGCUGCUGCCGUACCACUGCUACUGCGAGGCCCUGGCCCUCAGGGAUGUCCUGCUGAGGGGUCAGACCCGCUACACCUCCACCUACUGUGCCCGGCUGCAUCUGUAUGUGCCGCUGCUGCUGUACGCCCAACUGGAGCUGUUCAAGAUAUGCUGGGAGCUGUUCAAGGCGCCACGCAACAUCUACGAGGUGCUGUUCGAACAGCCCACCAGAGAGCUGAAUAUUCUGCACAAGAAAUCCUAUGCGGGCAGGAAAAUAGUCUCCUUCAGUCGCUCCAUCGAUGGCACCCAGCUGAGGGACCGACAUCGGGGCAGGUUCAACGAUCAGCUGCGUGAGUCGGACUUCAGUCUGACGUGCCUGGCCGGCGCCGUGCACGAUUACUUCAACACCUUCGCCGAUCUGGCGCCAGUGCCCUCGCUGUUGAACACCACUUGUAGGACCAUUUCGAAGGGAUACUUCACCGAUCGCCGGGGCGACAAGUCCAAGCAUAUUGGGGGUGUGGUCUUCCUGCAGCUGCCACUGCGACAGCCGGAUGAGGAGCAUGCCCGGCACUUGCACGGAAUUGUGGAGCGCAUCCGGCGGCAGCAGAUCAUGAUCUAUUUGGCCUCGAUCGGCCAGACCAAGUACAGCAUGCUAACGGCCCUCCUGCCGCAUGUCCUCACCAAGAUCUUCAUCAACUUCUUCUCGUACAAUUUUCCCAUUACGAUCACAGAGAUCUAUGGGUCCACGGCCGAGUUCCAGUCGGCUUGGGGCCAGAGGGUGCAGGAUGUGCUGCUCUUCAGGCCACCGCAAUCGAAGACUUGCCUCUCCCUGAAUCUGCACCGCUUCGGGGAUAAGUACAGGCUGGCCAUAAUGGCGGACACCCAUCUGGCGCCUGAUCACACGAUCAUAACCCGAUCGUUCGAACGAUAUAUGGAGACAGUCACACUCUGAUUCCACAACGAAGAUUCUCUGUUUCCUUACACAAAAUACAAUUAUGGGGGAACUCAAAUAUCACAAUAUCAAGUAUACGAAAUAAAAACUAUUAACUAUUAAAAUGCAAGUUUUUAUGG